AUGAGUAACAUUUACAUACAAGAGCCACCUGCGCUUGGUAAGGUGCUGUUAAAGACUACUGUAGGUGACAUUGAUAUAGAAUUAUGGACAAAAGAGACACCAAAAGCAUGUAAAAAUUUUAUACAGCUAUGUAUGGAAGGAUAUUAUAAUGGGACUAUAUUUCACCGAGUGGUACCAGAGUUCAUAGUGCAAGGUGGAGAUCCCAAUGGAGAUGGCAGUGGUGGAGAAUCUAUUUAUGGAGAGCCAUUUAAGGAUGAGUUCCACUCUCGUCUCCGGUUUAACAGACGCGGCUUGGUGGCCAUGGCGAACGCUGGCAAGAAUGACAACGGUUCACAAUUCUUCUUCACUCUCGCCGCUACUCCAGAAUUACAGAACAAACACACUAUAUUUGGAAAAGUCAUUGGUGGCUCAAUAUACAAUGUACUAAAAUUGACUGAGGGUCUAAUAGGCCCAGAUGAGCGACCGGAACACCCUCACAAAAUAAUCGGCGCCACUGUACUGAUAAACCCUUUCACUGACAUUGUACCGAGAGUUGUUGCGAAGCACGAAGAGGAAGACACUUCUAAGAAGAAGAAGAAAAAAGAGCGACAGGGGGUGAAGAAUUUCGGUCUUCUAUCGUUUGGUGAAGAAGCUGAAGAAGACGAGGGCGAAGCGAAAGAGUACAGAGGCAAGCCCAAGUCUACACACGAUCUCUUGUCAGACCCAAAGCUUAUAAGCAAGACGGCUGCUGAACUUGAAUUGGAACAACAAAAUGAGACUGAAGAACUCUCUAAACAAGAGAAGGAAAAGAAAAGGGAGGAAACUGAGUCAACAGUUUCUAAUAUAAGAGAUAAAUUGAGUAAGAGAGAUAGGAGUCCGGAAGACAGAGAGAGUAAGAAGAAAAAAGGAGACGAUAUUAAGAGAGACAGCGAUUCAGAGAAAAGAGAUAGCGAUAGUGACGGGGAGUAUUAUAUCGGGAAGGAGAGGGAUAAAGAACGAAAGAAAGAGAGAGACCGGAUUCGCAACGAGAUAAGACAGCUCAAAAAAGAGAUGCGCGCACCGAAAGAAGAAGAUAAGCCGGAGGUAAAAGAAAAGGAGAGUAAGGAUAAGGCAAUCGAGGAUAACGAGAUGUACCAACAGUUUGUAGAGGAACAGGAGAAGUAUAAGAAAAUGAAGGAGGCUAUACCUAAGAAGGGGGCUGCUAGAGAAGAUUUCACGCUGAAACUUCUGGCCAAGUUCAAAGACAAAUUGCACGCGAUCAAGGAAAAAGGCCCGGCCGACAGCCAAGUUAUCUCCAAUGAAAACGAUGAGGAUAUUAAUACGGGCGAAUGGAUGGGUCACACUUUACGCUUUGAAGAAAAAGGCGCUGUGUUAGCGAAGGAUGCGUCGUCUAAAGGGGACGACUGGUUCGACAUAUACGACCCAAGAAACCCAAUCAACAAGAGAAAGAGAGAGAAGUCAGAUAAAAAGGCUAAGAAAUAA